UUAGCCACCCAUCUCACUUUUCCAAGCGGUUCUGGGCGGCGUACAUAUGCCACCUUUCCCAAUGUAUAAUUGCAAUUUAAGCUUCCUGAACCAUCUUGUAUCAAAAUCAAGAAUAAGUUUACAUUUCCUAUUUGAGAAAGUUGCCUAGGAAGCCUUAUGCUGAGAAAAAUGAAAGAGCACAAUCUAAAACCAUAGUGUGUGAAAACAACCACUUCCAUGACCGAGGCAGGUUGACAAAUAUGUUCAAUAAAUUCUUACUGAGACACAAAGAGAUCAUGCCUACUUUGCUUUAGACUAACCAGACUCUCAUAUUCAUGAAAUAUUUGGGUUGGGAGUUCCUGGCUAAUCUGUGGAACAUCUACACGUAGCAGAAAUUUAGAUUCUGCCUUCCUCUCCUUUGAUCCCCUUAAUAUGUUCAGAAUUCCUAAUAACACAAGAAAAGUUAUCAAGCCAAAUUAAAGAGAAAAGGAGAAAGAAUUAUUACAGGAUAUAUUGACCAAUGUAGUGCUAAACUAUUCGGAAUAAUAUGUAAUUUAGGGAGAUAAAUAAAAUAUGCCAAUCUAGGCAGUAAACAUGGAGGAAACCCAUAACACAUUAGUAGCAGCUUCAGACAUUUCCUAGAAACUGCAAAAUUUUCUCAGGUUCCAAAACAUUUAUUAAAAAAUCAGUAACACCAGAAUUUUGAUGGCUGCAUAUAAAUUGAGCCUGUCCUGGGUUUGCAAUAGUUGGAAUGACAAGCUGUAAAUUUCAGCCAAAGUAACUGUUAAAAUCUUAGCAUCCACAUUUAUCAAAGAAAUAGGUCUACAAUUGGAAGAAAUUGUGAUCUUUAUUUGUUUAGAAAGGGCUAUAACUUUUCCCUCCUUCCCUUUUUAUUUGGAAAAGCUUCAAGGUGUACCUCUAAAAUUGUCACUAGCCUGCUUAAGUAACUCCUUUAGUAGACCAUAGGAAUGCUUAAUGUAGCUUAAUUUCAGCAAAGCAGUAGAAGAACAUUGUUUGAUGACUAGCCGGUUAAGCAUGGGCUGAAGGACCAUGUUGCUCGAUGGCUCUGCUAUUGGUUGAAGGAGCAUGCUGAAACAUGGCACCCUACAAGGUCAUGGAUCAGCCCAUCUUAGUCCAUGAUUUGGUUUCUCACAGUGGCCAGCAAGAUGUCUUUGGGAUGCUCCCGAGUAGGAGAUGCCCUCGCUCCCCUGCCACUGCUGUUGGAAGUAACGUGCUGAGUCUUCAAGACCAACAGCCUCUCUGGGCCUGACAAAUGGCUGCACUUUUCUAGAAAAGCAUGUUGGAAAUCACGAUGGAUGAACCAGGCGCAGUUUUUGAAGAACUGUUGGCGAGAGCAAAAGCUGGAGAACCCAAAUCACAGACAGAGGUGGGGAAGCACUACUUGAAGCUGGCGGAAGAGCACGAUGAGGAGCUGAACAGUUGCAGUGCUGUUGAGUGGCUGGUCCUGGCUGCCAAGCAGGGGCAAAGGGAAGCCCUCAAAAUGCUGCGGAGUUGUUUGGCAGAAAGAAAAGGCAUCACUUCAGAAAAUAUGCAAGAGGUGAAGAGAUUAUUGUCUGAGACUGAUUUGGAAAGAGCUGUGAGAAAAGCUGCUUUAGUCAUCUACUGGAAAUUAAAUCCAAAGAAGAAAAAGGAAUUGGCAGUUUCAGAACUGUUAGAAAAUGUUGGUGAAGUGGACAGUGAAGGCAAGGGGGACCAGUGCCCUGGGCCGCUUCCAAAGACUGUCCAGAAGCAGAGGAGGAUGCUGGAGAGACUCGUCAGCAGCGAAGCCAAGAAUUCCAUUGCCUUGGAUGAUUUUGUUGAAAUAACUAAGAAGUACGCCAAGGGCAUCAUCCCGCCAAGCUUGGUCGUGCAGGACGACGAUGACGAACUGACGGGAAAGAGUCCUGAGGAGCUCCCGCUCCGGCAAAAGAUCAUCAAGUACCCCCUUCAUGCCAUCAUGGAAAUCAAGGAGCACCUGAUAGAGGUGGCAUCGAAAGCUGGGAUGCACUGGCUGUCCACAAUAGUGCCAACCCACCAGAUCAACGCCCUCAUCUUCUUCUUCAUCCUCAGCAACCUUACCAUCGAAUUCUUUGCAUUUUUCAUCCCGUUAGUGAUUUUCUACCUUUCCUUCAUUUCCAUGGUGAUUUGCACCCUGAAAGUCUUCCAAGACAGCAAAGCUUGGGAAAACUUCCGCACCCUCACGGACCUGCUCCUUCGUUUUGAGCCGGACCUUGAUGUCGAGGAGGCGGAGGGGAAUUUUGGCUGGAAUCACCUGGAGCCCUACUUUCACUUCCUGCUCUCGGUGCUCUUCGUCCUCUUCUCCUUCCCGGUAGCAAGCAAGGAAUGGAUGCCCUGCUCAGAGCUGGCGACCGUUUCUGUUUUCUUCAUGGUGACAAGCUACCUGAGCUUGGGCACCAGCGCAGAGCCCUACACGCGAAGGGCCCUGCUGACUGAGGUGGCUGCGGGGGCCCUCUCUCUCCUGCAGGGGGCCCCUGACCACUGGGGCCCCGUGAAGAUCCUGGGUAAGACCUUCUACAGCAUUCCGCUCGGCAACCUCUUGGUGCUGAACCUGAGCCUCCCUUGCCUUUUGUUCCUGUACUUGUUCUACCUUUUCUAUCGCAUGGCACGGCUGCGGAAGUUUAAAGGCGUCUAUUGCUACUUGAUCCCCUACUUGGUCUGUUUCAUGUGGUGUGAGCUCUCCAUUGUGAUUUUACAGGAAUCGACCGGCCUUGGCCUACUUCGUGCUUCAGUGGGUUACUUUUUAUUCCUGUUUGCCCUUCCUGUCUUAAUAUUGGGCAUUGCGCUGAUGUGUUUUUUCCACUUCCUAAGAUGGUUCAUAACGUUAGAGCUGAUAAAGAUUGUGGUGACUCUCGUCCUGUGUGUCAUUCCUUUGCUUUUCCACUUGUGCACAAGGGCCAGGGUCUCUGCCGUUGAAAUGGUGAAAUCUCUGACCAAGAGUUCCAUUGUUAAGCUUAUUCUGGUAUGGCUGUCUGCGAUUGUGUUGUUCUGCUGGUUUUAUGUGUAUCGCUCAGAGGGGAUGAAGGUGUAUAACUCGACGCUGACGUGGAACCAGUAUGGGUUUCUCUGUGGGCCCCGGGCCUGGAGGGAAACCAACAUGGCGCGGACUCAGAUUCUGUGCAGUCAUCUGGAAGGGCACCGGGUGACGUGGACGGGGAGAUUCAAGUACGUCAGAGUGACCAGCAUCGAUAACAGUGCAGAAUCUGCAAUAAACAUGCUUCCCUUUUUUCUGGGGGACUGGCUGAGAUGUGUGUAUGGAGAAACCUAUCCAGCAUGCGACCCCAAAAACAUGACCCUGGAGGAGGAGGAGCUCUGCCGCCUGAAGUAUUUGACCAAACACGACUGUCACAUAAAGAGGUUCGACCGGUAUAAAUUUGAAAUAACGGUGGGCAUGCCUUUCAGUGGCGGAAACGGGAACAGGGCCGUAGAGGAGGAGGACAUAACCAAAGACAUCGUGCUGAAGGCGAGCCACGAGUUCAAGCAGCUGCUGCUGCACCUGCGGCAGGGCAGCGUGGUGGAGUUCAGCACGAUCCUGGAAGGCCGUCUCGGGAGCAAGUGGCCUGUCUUUGAGCUGAAAGCGCUCUCGUGCUUGAACUGCCUGUCAAAACUCUCCCCGGCAGGGAGGCACGUGAAAGUAGAGCAUGACUGGAGGAGUACAGCUCAGAAAGCUGUCAGGUUCGCCUUCAAUUUUUUAUUCUCCCCAUUUCUGUCAGUUGCAUAUUAAGCUUCAGUUAUGACACCUGCUCUGACACAAUCACAUCUGGCUGUCACAAUCCGAUUAGGUUUAACGUGAAUAUUAGUGGAGUUUAGCACGGUGCGUAAUGCGGUCCUAAUCAUUUCUGCAUUGCACAGAUGUCUCUAUAUUUAGAAAAACACCUAAUUGCAUAUUAAAAGCAUAAGCAGGAUUUUCUAAAGGAACUGACUUAUCCACCCAGAGAUGCUAAAAGCACUUUACUCUGCCUUCUACUUUUAUUUAUUCUAGAUAGUUGACAUAAACUUUAUUUCACAGGCGACAACACAAUUCUCAGUUGUGCAGCUGCGACAUACACAGCAGUGUCGAAAUGGCACGCAAUGAUGCCACGACGCAAAUGCUCCAACUUGCUACUUGUGUCACAAGCAUGUAAGUGUGGACACACCGCGGCUGGGCUCCCUUUAUUCCCUCCCCCAGAGAAAUACAUUAUCUGCCAAAUGAUGUCAAUUGCGACAUAAACAGAAUUGAGGUAAUUCAGAGGCUCAGCUGGGCGGCUUUUCUGAGGAAGUGGCCUUCGUUCAGUCACCAAUUUUUUUCCUCGGGAAAGAGGGAAGGAAGGAAAUGGUUUAAGUGAUGGCAUGAUUGGUUAACUUGGAAAUUCAUUCUGGAAAUGGUGAUGAGCAUUUGGUUAUGAAUUUGUCCUUCGAUUACAAGCAUAAAAUAAAGGAUUGAAAAAUACAA